GUUUCAGGGAAAUGUUACUCUAAGCGUAUAUGUCCUGUCGAAGGUCGUCCAAUGCCAAACUGCAAGCGCGAGAAGAUCCCGGAAGGCACGUUAUGUGUGGUCUGCGCGGAUCUCGCAAGCGGCAUACACUAUUCGGUUCCAAGUUGCAACGGGUGCAAAACGUUUUUUCGACGAGCUCUUGUGAACAAGCAGACCUUCACAUGUCAGUUUUCCGGAGAUUGCGUUGUAGGAAAAUCUGUUCGAUGCGUCUGCCGCAGUUGUCGCCUCAAAAAAUGCUUCGAUAUGGGUAUGGAUCCAAAAGCCAUCCAACACGACCGCGAUAAAAUUCGCUAUACGAAGGCUUUGAAGAAGAAAAAGGAAGAGGAAAAACGUUUGAAAGAGCAAGCGGAGUUGUCUAUGAAGGAGGAGGUUGGGAGCCCUAAUAGCGCUGGAUCUGAUCAAUAUGUUAAUACCUCAACACCAUCGUCUAGUACGAUGAUGGUGAUUCCCGAGCUCGAUAGUUCGGCAUUCGACCCAGAUUCGCAGGUAUCCUUGAACGAUGUUCGGGUAUUAGUGGAUGACCUAAUGCGGUUAGAAGACAAAAUGUUACUGGUACGGCGAGCUUGCCGGUUCGAGCCGCACACGUCGGCAACUAGUUGCAUGUAUAAUAAGUGCCUAUUCGAUGACCACGAAUGGAUGAGGGAGAAUUCACGGCCAUUGGAAAACACAACGCUUUCAUCGCAAUGUACCCUUGAGUCGUUGCGUUCAUGGUUCGUACGGGAUUUAUCGCUAAUGAUGGAAUGGGGUAAAUGUUUACCAAUAAUGGAUCGGUUGCUUCUCAAUGACAAAUUAGCAUUGAUGAAAGCUUUUGCACCGAUAUUUCCGCUUUUGCAAUUGGCCUACUACACUACAUCUCCGGAGGAGAAUGGCACCAACCUUGUCAUUAAGCAAGAACCUGACUGUGAGCCGGUGAUUGUAGACCGCUUGAACUAUCCGGAUGGAACUUAUAUAGAAAAGGUCAACGACAUCACUAACACAGAAGAAAUGUACACAAUUCUGAUCGAAGGGUGCUUCAAGCUGAUGCGGCGGCUGCAAAUCAAACAACAUCAUAUCGUCUUGUAUAAAAUGCUCCUUCUACAUAAUCCGGAUGCUGAAGGUUUAUCAUCGACGGGCAAGAAGACGAUAGAAGGAGAGCGUCUUCGGCUGCUUAGCCAGUUGUUUCUAUGGAUCAGCAACGAACGUGGGAAGGCUUCGCAAACAUUGUUUUCGAACCUGCUUAUGAUGACUGCAACAUUGAACAAAGUGGCAUCAUUCGUGCGCCGUGUAUUCGACAUUAACCACAUCUUUAACCGUACCAACGACCUCAUAGAUCAACUGAUUAUUGUCGGAUUAUGAUCCAAAAACCAUGUCCGUGGACAGAUACGAUACCCCCUCGGAAUUCUUGCCUCGGCGUCAAACGUCGAUACUGUAAAUUAGAUUGAUUCGAAAUGUGUCAUUUUUUAGACUGCUGCUGGCUACUCCGCAAGAAUUGUUUAUGUGUUAGUGGCUAGUUAUCUAGAUGUAUAUUGCCUCUUUCAUUAAUAUGUGAUUAUGCUCUUCAAGAGAUUCUUUUUCACGUCCUGCAGGAUCAACUCUGCGGCGUGGCUCCUCUCCUCUGAACGUUAGUAGCAUUAUUCUUGAACAAUUCUCUAGAAUGGGGAGGAGACAUUGUGCAGGCUGUAUCUAUGCCCGAUUGCGAUAUGCUUUGCUUUCGAUGGAUAGAUCGAGCUUCUAGGGGUCCGCUCGGGUGUUUCAUUAUCGUUUACAUUUUUGUUUGUUUAUUUUCCUCAACACUCACUGCUGAGCUCGACGGUUAUAAGCGUUUUGAAAACGGUGGUGUGGUGAAUGCGUUUCCUGGCAUAGUCAUGCGAAGUAACGUUGAUCUCCAGAUUUUUUGAUAGUGUUUCUUUCUCAGUGCGGCACUUCUGAUGUGAACAUAAAUCUUACCACAUUAUAGAGAGAAAAUGACCCGCUUAGGGGAAGUUUGAUCAAGAUGUGCCUAGUUCGCUUAGAGUGUUAUGUUUACCUCAUCUUGUCGGAUAACCUCAAUCUUAGCAUACUUCAGGCAUCUUAUGAGGGUAAUGUUUAGAUGUGAGUAGUGCGUCAAGAAUCUGUUGUACAGUAUCAGAGAUUUGUGAGUACUUACGUCCCCUAAAGGGUAUAACUGAGCUCCGUUCGAAACGGAGUCAUUUUAUUUCAUGUGUAAGACCUCAAAAACAUCAAAGUACUUUCUCUUUCCUUUCUUGUUGUUACACCCACCGAUCUGUUGUUAUCACAGCAGUUUGAAAAUAAAAGAAUUCU